GAAUUUCGAAAACCAAGUUCAGAAUCUGUCUGCAGGCUUGCUAGCUGGCCGGCCUGGCGGCGUGGCCCAAUGGACUAGGGUCGGUCUCUUUGAACAGAUGCUUGACAUGAGGUUAAUUUCUUUUAGAGCCUCAAGAAUACCAGCAUACUUUGCCGACCUUGCAUACUGACUGUAAUGGCUUCAGUUGGUGACGACGAGGAUGGAAGUGUUGUACUACCUCAGUACCUACUAGGUAUGGUAUUGACUAAGUACGUACCUUGAGAGCUGGGUUGUCCCCUUGUGGCGGUGUCAUGUGGCGGUGCACUCCUUUGUUGCGUGGCGGCUGUGCAUUCCCUCCAGCAAUUGAAACGAACCCACCACGUGUCGCCGGCUUCAUCAUACAGACACGCAACCCUCUCGCUGCAUCCGUCGCCGUCGCGCGGUUCACAACGUCGCUGCUUUAUUGCGCUCCUCCUAGUCCUGAGUUCCUGUCGCGUCGGUGCACCAGUCAUUUGUCCCGCAACUCGGAUCGGCACGCGCAUUUCUACGAACCAGCGGCCAACGCCUCGACUGCCGGACGUCGACACCCCCUGACUUUGCCCUGUGGCGACACUCUAAGACCACGUCCAAGCGACCCCUCGGCGCCUCGAGAGAACAUAUCCCGAGCGCGCAUCCCCUUCGCCACGGAAUCCUCGUCGUAGCGGCGCCCGCGCGGGUCGCAGCAGUCAGCCGCCGACCGCAAAGCCGUCGCCAUGGCGGUCGCCUCCAUCCAAGACCGAACCGCCGAGUUCAAGUCGGUGCUGGCACAGGCUCAGCGUCGGCAAAACGCCAACAAGGUCUCGUCGCAGAGGAAAUCGCUGCUAAGCGACUCAGAGAAAGCCGCCGCAAAUGGCGACGCGAGGCCACAAAGGCGGUCCGAUUUUGCCAGAAAGGCGGCCGAGAUUGGGCGCAGCAUCUCUGCCACCAUGGGAAAGCUGGAGAAGCUGGCACAGCUUGCCAAGCGCCGCACGCUGUUUGACGACCGGCCCGUCGAGAUCAACGAGCUCACCUUUGUCAUCAAGCAAGACCUGUCGUCGCUCAACCAACAGAUUGGCGCUCUCCAGACGCUCUCGAAGCAGCAGCAUCCCAAGGCGGACCAAGAAGGCGAGCACAACAAAAACGUCGUCUAUCUGCUGCAGGGCAAGUUGACGGACGUGUCGGUCAACUUCAAGGACGUGCUCGAGGAGCGGACACGCAACAUCCAGGCGUCGCGGUCACGGACAGAGAACUUCAUCUCGUCGGUAUCGCAGCAUGCGCAGCCAUCGAUGCAGCAGUCAGCGUCGCCGCUCUACGGCACGCCGAACCGGGCGUCGCCGGCGCCGGGGUCGGACACGCUUUCACUGAACCCCGUGGGCGACCAACAACUAAUGAUGAUGGAGGAGGCGCAGCCCACGAACACGUACAUUCAACAGCGAGGCGAGGCGAUCGAGUCGAUCGAGAAGACGAUCAGCGAGUUGGGCAGCAUCUUUGGGCAGCUGGCGACCAUGGUGUCGGAGCAGAGCGAGAUGAUCCAGCGCAUCGACGCCAACACGGAGGACGUGGUGGACAAUGUCGAGGGCGCGCAAAGGGAGCUGCUCAAGUACUGGUCGCGCGUGUCGAGCAACCGAUGGCUCAUCGCCAAGAUGUUUGGCGUGUUGAUGAUAUUCUUCCUGCUUUGGGUGCUGGUGUCGGGUUAGAUGCGAGCCCGCCAUGGCCCCGUCCCGCGGCAUGCUCCUCCCUGCCCGAACGCCCGACGGCCUUCCUUGUAUUGAUACCAUGGACAAAAAACGGCAUUUUGAUUCUUUUUGCAUGCGAACUGGGUUUCUCUGCGUCACGUUUACUAGAGGCGUCCUUUUGUGACAUGGACUAGACGAUAUUUAAUACAAGGGCAGCACCUGGAACUGCCG